AUGGGCGUCACCAUCUCCAAGACGUCGGAGCUGUCGCCCAUCUCCAUGGUCAGCACCGUCUUUGGCUUCCUCGGCUUCGCCUUCACCAUCGCCACCUUCCUGCGCGUCACGUGGGAGAACAUCCAGACCUUUCUCGGCGCCUCGACCCAGAUCUCAGACCUGCUGGGCAACCUCAAGCAAGGCCUGUACGAGGAGCGCUCGCACCUGCGCAAGGUGCGCCGCUGGCAGCGCCGCCGCAGCAGCUUCCAGGGUGGGCCGCGCGACGGGCCCAUGUCACCCCCGAGGACGACAGGAGCGGCGGCAGCCUAUUACGACCAGUUCCUGGACGAGAAAGAAGAGGCCGAUGCUGGGCUCUACUGGCCGUACGGCGGCGGCGGCGGCGUCGACGGCAGCGGCCGUCGUCGUCAUCGGCACGGCGGUGGUUACCACCCGGAUAUGAAGGACCUGCACGACGACGACCAGAGCACCAGGGUCAUGCGCGAGGCCGUGCGCAACAUGAUCCGCGACUUCAGGUACCUCGAGCAGCCCUUCCUGCGGGACGACGUCGAGGCCCCGGGGAGGAGGUUCGGUCGCGACCCGCACGUCAGGAACGGCGAGGGCUACAACGCCCCGUCCGACGACGACGAGUACUACCGGACCGAGUAUCGCACCACGGGGUACAGGGAGCGCUGGCUGUGGUUGAAUCGCAAGGGCGCCGUUGUCGACAUGAUGGCCCAGCUGUCGAGGCUGGAGACUAGGAGGAUUGCGAAGGAGGUGGGCGAGGCGUGCUUGUAA